GCUUAUCCUCAUGACAAGCACAGAAGAAAAAAGGGGAAUCGUGUGAGAAGCGAGAGCUGUCAUGAAGUAACUGACGGGACCUUUAAAGGAUAGCUACCAAACGUCUCCUGCCACUGCAAGAUUGAUAAGAGCAGGAAGAUGACCAUGGCGGGCACUGGGGGCAGUACCCCUGGUAACCCCUCUCUGAAAAUCAUGACUUUUCGUCCAACAAUGGAGGAGUUCAGAGAUUUCAACCAGUACCUCGUGUACAUGGAGUCUCAGGGAGCUCAGCGUGCUGGUCUUGCUAAGAUAAUACCUCCAAAGGAAUGGAAACCGCGCCGCACCUAUGAUGAUAUUGAUGAUCUGGUGAUUCAGGCGCCCAUCCAGCAGAUGGUGGCUGGGCAGUCAGGACUCUUUACCCAGUACAACAUCCAGAAGAAACCCAUGACCGUCGACAAGUUCCGACAGCUUGCCAACAGUGAGAAAUACUGUACCCCGCGGCACAUGAACUUUGAAGACCUUGAAAGAAAGUACUGGAAGAAUCUUACUUUUGUGUCACCUAUUUAUGGAGCAGACGUGAGUGGCACCCUUUAUGAUGAGGGUGUGGAGGAGUGGAACAUUGGCCACCUCAACACAAUUCUUGAUGUUAUCGAGGAGGACUGUGGUGUAGCCAUUCAAGGGGUGAACACUCCCUAUCUGUACUUUGGUAUGUGGAAAACCAGCUUCUCGUGGCACACAGAGGACAUGGACCUUUACAGCAUUAAUUACCUACAUUUUGGAGAGCCUAAAUCCUGGUAUGCCAUCCCACCGGAGCAUGGGAAGAGACUGGAGCGACUGGCCACAGGUUUCUUUCCUAACAGCUUUAAGGGUUGUGACGCUUUUCUGAGGCAUAAGAUGACUAUAAUCUCACCGUCCAUUCUUAAAAAGUACAGCAUACCCUUUGACAAGAUAACUCAGGAGGCUGGAGAAUUCAUGAUCACAUUCCCCUAUGGUUACCACGCGGGGUUCAACCAUGGCUUUAACUGUGCCGAGUCUACUAACUUUGCCUCUGUGCGAUGGAUUGAUUAUGGCAGAGUUGCAACACAGUGCUCUUGUAGGAAGGACAUGGUGAAGAUCUCCAUGGACCCGUUUGUGCGUCGCUUCCAGCCUGAACGCUAUCCGGCAUGGUUGCUGGGCAAAGACCCCUGCCCCAUCGAUCAUACUCUUGCCACACCUAGCUCCACUCCAGAGCUGGAUGACUGGGUGGAGAGAAGGGGCUGCACUAAACCUGCUCCCAAGAGUGUACCACGCACACGUUCAAAGCGGCAUAAGACUGUGGAAGAACCUGUUGAAAUAGAGACCUCUGCCACAGAGAAGCGUAGGAGGGUGGAGCUAUGUUCAGAUGAUGAGGAUGCUGCAGCCCCAACACCACAUGAGAAGCCUCCAACUGCAGGAAACACUAGACAGAUGUGUGUUGUGAAGGUGAACCGAGUGGAAGCAGAGACACUGAUUCAUAAAGCAUCAGGCCGAGAGGAGCUCACAGGAACAAAUCGCCAAGUCUCACCAAGAAAAAGCAAUACUUCAAAGGUACUAUCAAAGUCAGUCAUCGCCCCGUUGACAGUCCAGUUGCGCUCUGCGCUGGACAGCUCGAGAACUGAGAGUCGUGUGGACUUAAAAACGCACCCAUCGGACUGUGGAGUUUCUGUUACAGACACCAACACAAAUGCAGACACGUCUGUCUGUACACCCCUUACAGACAAGACUACCUCUCCACUGGAAGUGGGCAAAGGCAAUCAGGUAAUUUCAUCAGACUGUGAAGGCGGAGCACCGGAAAUCGAACACAUGGACCACACGGACCACACGGAAGGGACACUGAAUGCCGUCCAGUCGUCAACAACGGCGUCAACUGUGAAACAGCCUGUGCCCAGCGUCCUGGCCCGAGUGCCAAGUGCAGGGUGUUCUUCUGAAAUGCCCCUGCUGACACCUGAGCCUGCUGUGGAAGUCCAGGAGGAGGAGCCCUGCACUCUGACACAGGAGAUGCCCGACCUCACACCGGCCAUGAGCGCCGACGCUGGAGCAGACGGCCACAGCCACGCCCCCGCACUCUACCGCGAGAGUGACACACCUGCUGUCCAGUCCCACACAGCUCCACCGGAUUUGGUCAUAGAGGCCCUGAACCAUGAGCCACCUGCCAGCCCCAAGCUUGCUGUGAGCCAACCCGGCGCGUGUUCUGGACGCCUCGAGCCGUGCAGUCCCUUGCUGGUUUCAGGAGAGGCUCAAAACCCACCGCCGACUCUUGAAAUCCAGUACACCCAGUCCACAGCAACAAUUCACCGUCACGCGCUCUCCUCGGAUUCACUCCCUUCUGGCAAUUCACAACUUGGACUGACCGAUGCCCUCACGCUCCAGACGUGCCCUCGCAUGUUGCAGGGCAGCAGCACUACACAUAUUUGCACUUUAACACAGCAGAACGCUGUACACAUUUACACACAAGCACACCGCAACAUUUCAAGUGCCCACACUACUGAGCCCACCGACACAUGCCCAAACACCUCAGCACUCUCUAAACACUCUGCACUCUAUAAUUCACACCCCAACACUACAGGGUCUUGCACAAGCCUACAAAUGCACUCGGACACUACUGAUGGAAACACGCAAGUGAACAUGAAUGAUAAUGAUAAAGCUCUCACUAAUUCGCUGCCCAGCUCCACGGACAACAUUCACCCUUGCACGACGGACACUGUUGGAGUCAGUGAAGCCAUUAAUAACAACACUCACUGUAAUGCCUACAUGGCCGCCACCACUCUGUGUGCACACUCCAAUGGUCAUGGGCAGUCGACUACGCUUCCUCCUGAUGACUCCUAUAUCGUUCCCAAGACUCAAGCCCCUGACAGUUCAUUGGAGGAGGAGCUGCGUUCUCAGACCCCACCCCCUGAUGCCCUGUGGGCCAGUCUGCCCGCUCCAUCCCCGGCUGUGCUUAUUGAGAACGUCCGUCCAGAGUUGACAGACAGUCUGACGGCCUACCAUGCCCCGUCAUCUGCCUACGACCGCCAUGCGCUACAGUCCUUUAGCUUGUGGGAAGAACCGCGUUGCAAGGCCGUCACGUCACCAGAGCCCCCGGAACUUCCCGAGAGAGAGCAGACCUGGACGCAGUUGCAGCCCUCCUCAGAAACACACGCUCACCAGGAGAGCCACUUGGAGGAAACGGAGGAGUCAGACUUGGCCCACCAUGAGCACGCUUCCUCGGAGUUUGGAGGCUCGGAGCAUGGAGCAGGGGGAGCGAGCAGCAGCGACGACAGCUACACCUCCAACCUCAGUGAAUCGGACUGCUGCGACUCUGGCCUUGAGCCUGGCGAAGUCCCGAGUUACCAGCCUCCUGGGAUGCACAGAAGGAUCAAGAAGAGUUGGCGUCUGCCACUGGGAAAGCCCACUGCACGAGCGGUGCCAAGUGCAGUGAAACAACAGAAUGCCAAUGAUAGUGAUGUUCCAGAUUGUUGUUCUUCUGUGGAUGGAGAGGAGCAUGAGCUUGAGGCGUGGGCACGGCCGCUAGUGCAGCUUUGGCACAGCAGAGGGCGCUGCCUCAGUGCGGAGCGCGAGUACAACGCCGCCGCUGCCAAAAGUCAGCCACACUGUGCAGUGUGCACCAUGUUCAUGCCCUACCACCAGCCCGAGGAGCAGUCCGAGGAGCGGAAGCCAGCACAGAAGGUCACACGGGGCCCAGGGGGCUUUUUGAGGUCGCGGCCUUUGAUACCAGAGCUUUGCUUCUCCUUUAAAGAGGGCUCGUGCCCAACCACCACUAUUCAGCAGGAGGAUGGCACCAGCCCCCUCCUGCGCUGCAAUAGCUGCGCCAUGCAAGUGCAUGCAAGUUGCUAUGGCGUCGCUGCAGAUGACGUUAGUGAGGCCUGGUCAUGUGACCACUGCUUAAGCGGAGAGCAGACUGCGGAGUGCUGUCUAUGUAAUUUACGUGGAGGGGCUCUCAAGCCGACUACAGACCACAGAUGGGUCCAUGUGAUGUGUGCCAUUGCCAUCCCAGAAGUGAAGUUUGUAGAUGUGGCCAGACGGAGUCCCGUAGACAUCAGCGCUAUUCCACCUCAGAGAUACAAGCUGAAGUGCAUCUACUGCCGUAAGCGUGUGAAGCGGCUGGCUGGGGCGUGUGUGCAGUGCUCCUGUGGUCGAUGUUCCACCUCCUUUCAUGUCACGUGUGCGCAUGCUGCCGGUGUCGCUAUGGAGGCCGAUGACUGGCCCUAUAUAGUGUUCAUCACCUGCCACAGACACCACUCCCGAAGCUCCACAGCAAAGCGCAAUGUUCGUCAGGACCUGGUGGUAGGUCAGACCGUCAUCAGUAAGCACAAGAACCUGCGCUACUACAGCUCCCGCAUCACACACAUCACCUCGCACACCUUCUACGAAGUCAUUUUUGAUGACGGCUCCUUCAGUAAUGACACCUACCCUGAGGACAUUGUGAGCAGAAAUUGUGCUGCUUUGGGUCCUCCUGAUGUGGGUGAAGGGAUUCGCGUGAAGUGGCCUGACGGACUCCACUACACCGCCAAAUAUGUCGGCUCAAACACUACACACAUGUACCAGGUGGAGUUUGAGGAUGGCUCUCAGGUGACGGCCAAGAGAGAAGACAUCUACACUCUGGAUGAAGACCUGCCGAAGAAAGUCAAAGGUCGCCUUUCUGCAGCGUCCAGCAUGCGUUUUCAGGACACCUUUUUAGCCUCUCAGGGAGAGGGGAAGAGACAGCGGACCCCUAACUCACGCUUCCAACGAGACUACAUCACCAAAAGCAGUUGAAAUCAGCGUGGAGGAGAAGGCCAGAUUCCUCCUCAGGACAGAGACUCACCACAUGAGGAUGGUCAAUGUAUACUCAAGUUCAUGAUCUUGGGAUAGUUGUUUUAAAAUGUCAGGGAAACCCAUUUUUGAAAGUUAAAAUGCAUCAGAACAUUUUUCCCCCCAGCAGACUACUACACUAUUUUCACCCCCAGCAGACUAUUAAAGCAGAUGUCCCACCUAAUGUUUUCUGUGUGUUUAUUUUUUUGCUGUCGUUUGUUUAAGCACUUUGUUUUAACUGUUUAAUUAUUCGAAAGGGUCAAGGAAGCCCAUUUUUGAAAGAUAAAAUGCAAACAUCAUAACACCCUCCUGCCCCACCCCCUGCAGACCUGGACUUCUCAAUUGUGCGAAUAUCAGUUUUCCCAUAUUCUUCUUUUUUUUUUUUUUUUUUUUGCAUGGUAAGGCGGACUAUUCCAGCAGAUGUCCCACCUGAUCUUUUCUCUGUGUUUAUUUUUUAUUUUCAUUUCAAACUAAGUUACUGUUGUUUGCUUAAGCACUUUGUCUUAACUGUUUAAUUAUUUUGAAAGGGUUUCUUUAUUUAUUUGGGUCUUCCUUAUUGUCAAUUUUGGCUGUUCAAUAAAGAAUAAACAUAUUUGAUUAUUUUGGCUGUGAA